GAGGGACGGGGCAAAGAUGGCGGCGCCCGUCCUGCUGCGGGUGUCGGUGCCGCGCUGGGAGCGGGUGGCGCGGUCCGCCGUGUGCGCCGCCGGCAUCCUGCUGUCCCUCUACGCCUGCCACCUGGAGCGCGAGAAGGGCCGCGACAGCCACUACCAGGCCCUGUGCGACCUCAGCGAGCGGGUGCGCUGCUCCGCCGCCAUCACCUCCAGAUGGGGUCGAGGAUUCGGUCUGUUGGGUUCCAUCUUUGGAAAGGACAGUGCAAUAAAUCAGUCAAACAGUGUUUUUGGACUCGUGUUUUAUAUACUACAAAUGCUACUUGGUAUGACAGCAAGUGCAGUAGCAGCUCUAAUCCUCAUGACAUCCUCCAUAGUGUCUGUAGUAGGGUCAUUGUACUUGGCAUACAUUCUGUACUUCGUGCUGAAGGAAUUUUGCAUUGUCUGCGUCAUCACAUAUUUGCUGAACUUCAUUCUCUUUAUCAUCAACUACAAACGACUAGUUUAUUUGAACGAGGCCUGGAAACGGCAACUCCAACCCAAACAGGAAUAACCCCUGUUUGAACUCUUGACUGACAGUCUGAAGACCCAACUUCCAUUAAGUUUAUUUUGCAGUAAUUUUUUAUUCUCCAUAUCAGACACUCUCCCCGAGAAUCAUAACUGAAUUUUUAAUUAUAAAUUUGAAGGGGCCCCUGAUAAUUUUUCUGUGCUAAUCUUCAGUUUAAAUGUGGUUGUGAAAGAAAGCUCUAAUACAAUCAAAGACAAGCUUUAACUUUACUUUGAAGGAGUUUUAGCCACAGCAAAACCUAGACUCUCUCUUCCCCCUCCACUUGUGAAGUGGGUAACACUUGCUAUAAAAUAUCCUGUAUAUAAAUUCAGGUAUAACAAGAUGUGAUCAUGACAUUAAAUAUUCUAGACUAGCAUCACCAUAUUUAAUGUUGCCAUGUUUACAGUAUGUGUAUUACUUUUUUGUUUUCGUUUUGGUUUUUUUUUUUUUUUUUUUUAGCUGAUGGACUUAGAUUUGACUAGGACUUACACUGUAAAUAAAAUUAGAGCUAUUGGUUUCAUCCCUGGAGAACUCACUGUACAAUGGGUUUUGUUAGGAGCUGUCAGAGGGUUCAGCUCACAGUCGACUGACACGAUGGAAGAAGUGACCUCUGAAGAGAACACGGAGUUGCUGCACUCACUGCUCGUGCUGUCCCAAGAAUGAUGCUUGGGGUUGGUUCCAUUUUUUUUUUUUUUUUUCCUUCUGUCUUUCUUUUUGUCUCCAGUAUCGAAAAAUGGAAUUAAAGCUGAAACCUGAAGUGUGUUCAUUAAACCACAACCUCGUUAAUUCUGUACCGAGUGAAAAUAGCUUGGUGUGGUCGACGGAAAGCCUCCACCAGGAUAUUCUGUGCAGGUUGGGGGUUGGUGUAUCAAAGUGUUCUUUGGAAGGACUCAGUUUCCAUGCAGAGCUGUUUCAUUUUUAAGCUGUGGUCAGCCAGCCAGUGUUACUAAUGUUUGAUGUUCUAUGAAUGCUGCAGUAUAGGAUUGCAAUUGCAGUGGAAACCACUGACUGAGCGGGAUAACCAAGUCGUGCACUGAAAAAGCAGUUACUUAAUUGAUCUUCGUCAGGAUCCUUGGUUUGUGCUAUAUUGGGAAAUGAACUUUAGGCCUGACACACACACACACAAGAUCCCUUGGAAGGGCAAGCUGUUUAAUGGGAUAAGUGAGUAAAUGUGCUCCUGAAAAUGAAAUGUGAUGUAGUGCUAUCAUUGCUCUUUCUAAUAACUAAUUGGGAAAAAAAAACAUUAAACUGCGGAUUUAAAGGAACAAAAUUGUACAUGUUGUUUCUGCACUCAGUAUUCUAAGGCUGAAUGUUAAAAGUGCCUUCUGUCUUAAAAUCUUAAACCAAAUACUUUGCGUUGAACUUGGCAGGCAGAAGUGUCCUUGCUUUAAAAAUGAACAAACAAACAAACAAAAUUCCCAGCAAACUUGCCGGGGAUAGAGGAGUAUUAAGAGAUAUGUUUAGUUUUUAGACUGAGAAGUGGUAGCAAUAUUGUUUCAGUUUAAUUAAAAAAGGUUGAUGGCGAUUUGGAAAAGUAAAAUAUUUGUGUUUCAGACUCUGUGACACGAAAACGUGUAGGUUCAGUUACUUUCUGUAAUUGGUGCUGUGCUGCUUUUUGCCCUUGUCAGCUUCUAAAUAUGAAGAAUUCCAACUGCAUACCAGUUAUUUAAAGAAUUAAUUUAACUACUUUUUGGAUUUUUUUUCUCAAACAUGAAUGUCAGAGAGACACUUCUGUUGUAUGGAUAAGUGGAUUAUAAACACUAAGUUGCUGAGGAUAAACUUGACUGUGAAACAUGCAGUGUUUCCGUAGAGCAAAUAGAAUUUUUAGAUUGAAUCCACAAAAUAGUAUUUAAAUUACUACUGAAGUCAUUUUCUGGUUUGUUAUCAAGGAUGUAGGUGGAAACUGCUUUUAUGUAUAGAGUUCUGUGGUAUGAGUAACAUCUGUUGCAUGUAACACUAAAUUACUUGUCCCUCUUGUCUGACAGUUUUAGACAACAAUUCAUUAAAUGCAUUUUGUAUUGACCAGA